AUGGCCCAGUCCUAUUUCGCCGAGGGCAUCUCCGGCGAGGCCACGUUCAGUAUGUACGUGCGCGAGUACCCGCCGGACCGGGGCUACCUGGUCGCCGCCGGCGUUGACGACGCUUUGGACUGUCUCGAAGCCCUGUCCUUCGACGCGGACAGCAUCGAUUACCUGCGCAGCACCGGCAUCUUCACCACCGACUUUCUGUACUCCCUGCGUGAUUUCCGCUUCACCGGCAGCGUCCGUGCCAUACCCGAAGGUAGCCUGUUCUUCACCGAUGAGCCGGUCCUGGAAAUCACCGGCCCCAUCAUCGCCGCCCAACUGGCCGAAACCAUCGUCAUGAACCAGGUCCAGUACCAGACGCUGCUGGCCACCAAGUCCGCCCGCUGCGUUCAGGCCGCUCAGGGCCGGCCCAUUGCGGAUUUCGCCGCCCGCCGCACCCACGGAACCGAGGCCAGCCUGAAAAUGGCUCGGGCUUCCUACAUGGCCGGCUUUGGCGCCACCAGCAACGUCCUCGCCGCUCGUCGCUAUGGCAUCCCGCCCACCGGCACCAUGGCGCACUCCUACGUGACCAGUUUCGACGCCGAGAUCGACGCCUUCCGCGCCUACUCCCGCAUGUUUCCCGACCGGAGCAUCCUCCUGCUCGAUACUUACGACACCGUGAACGGCGCACACGCCGCCGUCAAGGUAGCCCGCGAGAUGGAAGCCGACGGCCAGCGUUUGACCGGCGUGCGCCUUGACUCCGGCGACUUCGACGCCCUCAGCCGCCAGGUUCGGCGCAUCCUCGACGACGCCGGACUUGACUACGUCCGCCUCGUCGCCAGCGGCGGCCUCGACGAGUACCGGAUCGAAAGCCUUGUCACCGCCGGCGCGCCCAUCGACAUGUUCGGCGUGGGCACCCGGGUUGGCGUGUCGGCCGACGCUCCCUCCUGCGACAUGGUCUACAAGAUGGUCAGCUACGAUGUCCGGCCGGUGAUGAAACUCAGCGAGGGCAAGGAGUCCCUGCCCGGCGCCAAGCAGGUCUUUCGCCGGUUCGACCGGCAAGGCAUGAUGUCGGGAGACGUCAUCAGCCUGGAAGCCGAAACCGGCCCGCCGGGAGAGCCGCUGUUGGCUCCCGCGAUGCGAGACGGUCGCCGUACCACGCCGCCGAGUUCGAUCGGCGACGCCCGCCAGCGCGUGGCGGAUGGACUUUCCUGGCUUCCCGAGGAGCACCGGCGCCUGCGCCAGCCCAACCACUUCCCAGUAUCCAUCAGCGAAGAUCUCGAACGCCUGGAAUCCCAGAUCCGCGGUCGCUUGACCGCCGCGCUCUCUUUAUAA